ACGUGGUCGCGCUUCCGAGUUCCGGCCAAUGCGGCAUGGCAUCGAUAUUUUCUAUUUGUUUCUUACUUUUGUCUAAUCCCUUCAACUGGUCGUCAUUUUCCUGAGAUUUCAACUUUUCAAGUGAUUUUGCUGGUUUCUGGCAGGAGUGAAGGUCGCUUUGAUAUCAGCCGGUGUCCAUGGCUGCGCCGGGGGCCAGCAGAAAGAUCUCCGCUGCGUCAGCGAGGGCUCACACCCGAAAGAAGCAGAAGAGCUCUUCCUUCCCCGUCAUUCGAGGAAUUGUUUCAAAGCUAUCAGUGGUUCUACUUGUGGGAGUAUUGGCAUGGUUAUAUAAUGCAGCCCGGCCUCCACCACCUAAUAUCUGCGGAACACCAAAUGGUCCUCCUGUAACAUCACCUAGAAUUAAGCUCAAGGAUGGAAGGCAUCUUUCGUACAUUGAAACUGGUGUCUCAAAGGAGAAGGCCAGAUACAAAGUCAUAUUUAUUCAUGGCUUUGAUUGCUGCAAACAUGAUGUGUUUCCUGUUUCACAGGAAAUACUUGACGAAUUUGGAAUAUACUUGCUGUCUUUUGACAGAGCUGGUUAUGGAGAGAGUGAUCCAAAUCCGAAGCUGUCAGUGAAAAGCAUUGCUGAAGAUGUUGAGGAACUUGCUGAUAAGAUGGCAUUAGGUUCCAAGUUUUAUCUCAUGGGAUUUUCCAUGGGUGGGGCAUACGUUUGGAGCUGCCUAAAAUAUAUACCUCACCGGUAUGACUUGAUUGUUUUUUAUUGUUUUGAUCUCCUUUAGUUAUCUUGCAUUUAAAAAUAAUAAAGGCUAGUUUAAUGAGUUUUGUGGAAGUAAAAUUUUCAUUGUUUGAACUGCAUGUACUUGUAUGAAAUUUUUUGGGUGUUAACAUGAUGUGUAAUUGAUUCUUAUAUUCACGGUUGUCUCCUUUAAGGCUGAUAAUUGUGGCAAGUACAAGCUGUUGAUUAAUAUUUUGAGAAGUUUUUGUCGGACAUGGUAAUUUCAAAUAGAACAAGGCUUGGUAAAUGUGUCAAGUGUUCAUAUUUCAAAUAGAUCGAGGCAUGGGAACUUGUUAAUUACACUAAAAUCAGCAUAAUAUUGCAUCUUUUGGGCAAUGUAAAUGAAAUAAUAACAUCUAUCAGUAUUCUAAAGUCAUUUUGAUCAUAGAAAAACUACAUAUAUUCAACUUGAUAAGAUGAGUCUGUGUAGUUCUUUGGGUCAUAAUCCAAUUUCUAGUUUUAGUUCAUGCAUGGGAGAUGCAUAAACUUCUAGUCCAUGUUUUUGGAACUAACGCUCUAAUUUUAAGGUGAUUACAGUAAACACCAAAGAAGCAAAAGCAAACUUUAUGUUUGAGCUUCAAGGAUUAAUAAUAUUCCUAGUAUAUGUUGGAAGCAGGACAUAGUAGUCUGAAAUACUUGAAAGUUGAAGAAGCCAACUAACUUAAAACCAAGAAGAAUGUCAUGCCGAUGCUUCAAUUGUGUUAGAAGAGAAUUAUUUACAAGGUUUUUUAAUUAAAAAUUUUAAUUUUCAAACAUGAUUUAGAGCUACAAAAUUUUUUCUAUCAAUGUAAAGGAUACUCGAGUGAAUCUCUUGAUUGUUGACACAAAGUCUGAUUUUUUGAAGAAUUCAUUUUGGUUGGGACAUGAAAUGCAUUUUUUUAGAUUGGUAAAUUUUAUUAUUUCAACAUACAAGCAAAUGCUUAGGCCUGGACAUAGUAACAUGGGAAUAAAAUAUCUACCAACAAUGAAGGAUUUCUGAACUUUUCACAUCAAGCAGUACAACAUCAAUGGCCGUUGCCUUUUGAAGAAAACAUAAAAGGAAAUGAACAAAGUUUUGGUCCUUGUGCGUGGUAUUUUUUGGUUGGGGUGGGAGAAAUAUUGAAGAAGUAGCCUGCAAACCCUUUGCAUGCUGGAAAAAGCACAAGCUCCCAAAAGAAACAUUAGUAAAGCAACACACAUUAACCACUGAAUGGAUAAUUAAAGAAGAAGAAUCAUAAUUUUACAUAAUUCAGCUUAGUUAUAUCUUGAUUAACAAGAGAAUGAUGCAAGGGUAAUUCAAAUACGUUAUCAGGAGACCAGAAUGUGUGGAAGGACAUCAUCUUGCUUAGAGAUUGAAAUAUUGCAAUCUUUUUCAUCUUUUUAUAAAGCACUACCGACAAUGGGCAGUUGAGAAAAAGGCAAAAAAAAAAAAAAAAAAA